AUGAAAAGAGUGGAAUAUCUUUUAGAGAACUUUUACUUUUUAGAGAACUGCAAUAACUUAGCAAGUUUGAGGAACGCUAUUGACACUGAUGUUCUAAAAACCAAGCUCACCGAAUCUAUGCAUCCAUGUUUGGAGGUUUUAUCGGGUAUUAUGCAUCGCUUACAAUUGAAAAAACAGUCUUUUAAAGUGUUUAAACCUGCAAGUGAUGAUGCCAUCCAUGAACUCUGGUCAGUUUUGCUCGGAAUUGAGAAAUCACUACAGGUACCCAUUGAAUAUCACAGCAAAACAUUCAACAAAUAUAGUUACACUCAGUGCUCUCAAAAUACUUAACCUGCCCAGAAAGUGUAAAAUCAUAUACACCAAAAAUGUUUCACUUAAUAGCUGUUUUUUAACAUGGGACAUUGAUAUACACUAUGCUUUUCAGUGAACAGCCAGAGCUCAGGCAUCAAUAUCUAUAUUUGAUUGUGGUUUCAGAUGUCAGACACCACAAAGAAAGAUGUUGAAAAGAAGACUGACCUGUUAGCAUUCAUGGAACAUUGUUGCCAGACUGGGCAUUACACAUUUCAAAUUAAGAAAUGUGGAAAACCUAAUUGCAAAAUCUGCAAGUGA